UUUUUUUUUUCUUUUUCCGCGCCGUUGAAAAAAAAAAUUCAAAAUUGGUUAUGGAAAAACAAAAAAUUUCCGAGUUUCGGAUUAUAGAGAAAAAAGAGAAAACGAAAGGAUUAAAAAAAACGAAGAGAAAAAAAGAAGAAGAACGUAUAGAAAGAGCCGAAGCACAGGAUAGCAUUGUAGUUGUUCAAAUAAUAAGAAGUCUUGUGUUAGUAAUCCAAUCAAUUCGAGAAAAUAUAUUAUAUUACCCUCAUUGAUAAUAGUUAAAAAUAUGGGUCGUAUACUAUUGUUUCAAUCUCCCGAAUGGUCUCGAGGAUUUAAAAGAUUGGAAGAGAGAAACGCAUGUUAAAUGCACUUAUAACGGCAUUCAAUUAGCGAGAAAAUGAAUUCCCAAAAAAGCUGGUUAAUAGACGGUAUUCGGAUAAAGAUCCUAUUUCCCUUUCGUCCGAAACCUUGGCACAAAGCUAAGCUUAAGCGACAAGAAACUUCUAAUAAUCCGAUCAAAAAGAAAGAACAAACAAAUGAUUUUUCUUUUUUAACGGUUUUGGGGAUGGAAACCGAACUUCCUUUUGGUUCUCCCCGAAAACAAAUUUCAUUUUUUGAACCUAUUUUUAAAGAAAUCAAAAGAAAAUUAAUAAAAUUGAAAAAGAAAUGUUUUAGAGUUGUCAAAGAAAGAAAAGAAAGAACAAACUCAAAAGAAACAAAAGAAGGGGUUAUUCAAAAUCAAAGCAUUCUUUUUUUUAAAAAAAUAAUAAAAGAACUCUCAAAAAUAAACCUAAUUUUCUUGAAAGAGAAAGAAGUCGAAAUAUAUGAAUUGAGUAAAAAAAAAAAAGAAAAAAAUUUGAUAAUUAAUAAUGAGAUAAUGGAUGAAUCAUCGAUUAACAUUGAAUCGACGAAUUGGACAACCUUUUCAUUGAAAAAAAAAAAAAUACAAGAUCUAACUAAUAAAACAAAUACAAUCAUAAAUCAAAUACAAAAAAUUCCAAAAGACAACAAAAGGGGAUUUAUAAACCCACAAAAAAAUUUUUAGUUUUAACGAAAUAAGUUAUGCCGAUGAAAGAUUGAAAUUUCCAAAAAGAUUUUUCGUACAUUAAAAUUAAAAAAGAAGAAAGGCUCGACUAAUCCGUAAAUCCUUUUUUUUUUUUCAACUUUUAAUUCAAAGGAUAUCUAUAAAUAUAUUUCUAUUUAUCAGUAAUAUUCCUAGAAUAAAUGUACAAGUUUUUUUCUAUUUUUUUGAAUCAACAAAAAAAAUUCUUAAUAAAUACCGUUCCUAUAAAAACCCUAUUUCGACUAACGAAACAAAUCCAAAUAUAACUCGAGUUUAUUUCGACUAUAAAAAAAUCAAUUUCUAAUCUUAAUAAGUCACAGACUUUUUAUGACUUAUCUUAUUUGUCACAAGCAUAUGUCUUUUAUAAAUUAUCACAACCCCCCUUUUUUCACUUUUUUAAUUUAUAUAAGUCAAAAUUAAGAUCUGUCUUUCAAUAUCAAUAUAAGGGAACAUCUUAUUUUCUUAAGAAUGGAAUAAAGGAUUAUUUUGUUGGAACGCAGGAAAUUUUUAAUUCCGAAUUAAGACAUAGAAACCCCAGCAAUUAUGGAAUAAAUCAAUGGAAAAAUUGGUUAAAGGGUUAUUAUCAAUAUGAUUUAUCUCAGUCUAAAUUAAUACCCCCAAAAUCGCGAAAUAUAGUAAAGAAAAACUCUAUAGUUCAAAAUAAACAUUUCAAGAAAUUUGAUUCAAACGAAAAAAAUCUAUUAAUUAACUCCGAAAAACAAAAAAAAAAUGUUAAAAAACAAAAUAAAUAUGAUCUUUUAUCAUAUAAUUUUAUUAAUUAUGAAGAUAAGAAGACCCCAUCUUUUUAUGAAUUUCCAUUACAAGAAAAUCAUAAUCAAGAGGUCCUUUAUAAUUACAAAAAAAAUAAACAAAAAAUUUAUAAUAUGUUGAUAGAUAUUCCUAUCAACAAUUAUCGAGUAGAAGAGAAUAUUAUAGAUAUAAAGACAAAUCCUGAUAGAAAAUUUUUUGAUUUAACAAUUCUCAAUUAUUGUCUUCGAAAUAAAAUCUAUAUAGGGGCCUGGGUCGAUAUCGAUACUCACCCCAAGAGUAAUAAAUAUACUAAAACUUGGUCUAACAAUUAUCAACUAAUUGAGAAAAUCGACAAAAAAGGUCUUGUUUAUCCCACGCUUCAUCAAAAUCAAGAAAUCAACCCAUCAAAAAAAAAAACACUUUUUGAUUGGAUGAGAAUAAAUGAAGAAAUAAUAAGUUGUCCCAUAUCCAAUUUGGAACUUUGGUUUUUCCCGGAAUUUUUGAUACUUUAUAAUUCGUAUAAGAUUAAACCAUGCGCAAUACCAAUUAAAUCGCUCCUUUUAAAUUUUAAUGAAAAUGUUAGGGAAAAUAAAAGCACCGCUGAAAAUAAAAAAAGAAAUAUUUUUCUAUCAAUAUUUUCAAAUGAAAAAAAAUAUCUUGAAUUAGAAAACCAAAAUCAAAGAGAAAAAGAAUUCACAGUUCAAGAAAAUUUGGACUUAACUCUGUCAAACCAAGAAAAAGAUAUUGAAGAAAAUUAUGCACUAUCAAAGAUGGGAUUAGUCAGUUCUAUUUCUCGAUGGGGGACAAGGGAAGGGAUAUAA